GCAGGGAGUGUAGCGUCUCCACCCCCAGUGGUGUCCAGACCGUCCUCCCCAGCAUGUUUGACGUGGGAGUGGGGAUCAUGCAGAGCUGGUUCUGUGCCUGCUGGGACAGCUCCUGGGUGUUGUACACCUGCGUCCUUCUGGUCCUGGUCAUCUGGGUGGCCAUGGCGACGCAGCACAGCUUCUCCUGGAGAAGCAGGAUGGCUCUUCUGGUCAGCAGGCUGCGGCGGAGGGGGACGGAGGACGAGGGAGAAGGUGCAAAGAAGCAGCGUGUGAAACAGCCGCGUGAACGGCUGUGCCGGGACCCCCCACGCCACGCUGGCUGAGCCGCCAGGCGCUGCUCCAUCCGCCAGCUGCUAUGUGACAACUCAGACUGUGCCCUGUGCGACGAGGCGGCCCGGCAAGCCGAGUGGCUGGUAUACACCGAUAGGGCCAGCGCAUGGGUCCCUGCCGGGCCAGGGUCACCUCCUACUCCCGCCUCCUACUCCACAUGGAUCUACGAGCCCUUCCCUCCAAGUCAAGCGGAACAUGGCUGGGUUGGGAGUUUCCUGAGUAGAGGCAGAGCAAGGAGCCCCCAGGCCGCUCCCCAGAGGCAGGCGCAUCGCCCUGAUUGGGUGCCGUUUCUGGCCAAGUCCCCAGGCGGGACCAGGAUGUCAGGGCGGGAGGCCAAACGGCAGCGAGACCAAGAAAGCACGGCACCCAGGGCCACGGGGGAAGCUCCGAUGUCUCUGCCUGGGAGACCCCCAGCGUGGGUCAGCCCUGGAGUCCUGCGUGUGCCCGGCAGGCUCGAAUUGGCCGAAACGGAGACCCCCUUCCUCCAGCGCGACGUCAGGGCCAGUCUUGAGCGGCACGUCCAGGUAAAGAGGCUGCAGCACACCCUGGGGCUGCCCUGCACCCUGCAGAGCGCUUUGAAGAUCUUCAUGCCCCCAGCACCGAAACCCAUCGCACGCAGACCCUCGGGGGCAGGCAGGGUGGUGACGAUGCCACAGGCCCUGCCCUUCCUGAGCGUCGGCUCCAGGACAGAGCUGGAGCGGCAUCUGCAAAGGAUGGUGCAUCUUAAGAGAUGGGGGCUGCCCAGGAGGAUCCAGGAGUCCCUGAGGCUGCUGAUGCCAGCCACACCUCCACACCCCCGGCUCGGCCCCCUGCCCUCCGGGAGAUGGGCUCCAAGGGGGCCAGGCCCAGUGACGAGGGCAGCCCAGACGCCCGGCCUCAGAGCUAGAGCCCCAGCCCAGGCAUCCCAGGGCCCCGCCAGAGCAUCAAAAUCUGCACCCGGCUCGCACUGCUGCAGAGACACCCGGGAGCCGCAGGGGCACAUUGCCAGGAAGGGCUUGGAAAUCAGACUAGGCGCGCUGCCCGCCGUGCUGAGGAGCUCUCAGAAAAUGGCCGCCCUGGGGCGCAGAGACCUGCUCCUGCCUAAACUGAUCCCCCCAGGCUGCAAGGCCCCCCUGGCCCGCCACCGGCUCUGCUCCCUGCUCAGCUGCAAGGCGGGCAGCGUGGAGCUCAACGUGAGGCACAAGCACAUCCAGUACCUCUGGGCUCUCCCCACCCUGUACGCGGAGUCCCUGGCCAAGAUGGUGCCCUGCCCGCCCGUGCCACCCGCCCCCGUGCUGCCCCUGGGUGUGGCCAUCGAGUUCUAUCCCCUGGAGACCCCCUUCGUGGCCCCCGAGGGCCGGGAGCUGCUGGAGAGGCAUGUCCUGAGGAAGCGGCUGCAGCACGAAUGGGGCCUGCCGGGCCUGGUGCGGCGAUCGCUGAGGUGUUUCAUGCCACCCCUGCCCACGCGCCCCAGGCCCAAGGGGAGUGACCGGCCGGCAGCCAUGGAGCUCCGUGUCAGCAGCGGGGCCCCUCCCAUCCCUCUGGCCACCAAGAGGGAGCUGGAAGCCCACAUCCGGCGGAGGGUGGCCGAGAGGAGGUGGGGGCUCCCCAGGAGGGUGCAGGAGUCCCUGCGGGGCUUCAUGCCCCCCACGACCACAGCUCCGGGGACAUAUCCAGACACACAAGGCAGAAGGGCCAGCCGGCCACUCAGGGGGCUGUCAGCGAGAAGGGCUCCAAGAGAAUCACCCUCCAGGGUGGCACCCCUGGGCCCCACAGCGGUGGCUGUCUCCUUAGCCAGGCCCCUGGGAACUGCAUGGCUCCAGCAGCUCAGCCGGGACACGUGCCACCAGCUGCUGGAGAGACAUGUGACCAGGAAAAACAUAGAGAUCCGUCUGGGCCUGAUCCCCCGCAGGGCCCAACACUCACAGGAAGCCGCCCGCCGGGUGGGAAAGCUCCCCUUGCCCCGGCUGAUUCGGCCGGGCCAGAGAUCCCUGGAGCUGCGGCCCCGGGAGCUGCUCUUCCUGGAGCAGGCGGCCUCGGAUCACCUGGAGCUCAACCUUCUCCACAAGCACCUGAGCUUCAGGUGGGGGCUGCCCACGCUCUACCGACAGUCCCUGGCCAAGCUGUUCCACGCAGGCCCCUCGCCCGCCCCGCCGCCCUCCAGCUCCCGCGCAGCUGGGACCGAGUUCACGGAGCAGGAGCUGCCCUUCCUCCCACCGGGAGCCCGGGAGGAGCUGGAGCUGCACGUGAGGAAGAAGAGGCUGCAGCACGAGUGGGGGCUGCCUCUGAUCGUCCAGAAAUCCAUCCGGGGCCUGAUGGCGGCUGCCCCCCACCCCGGCCAGCCCAAGGCCCCUCCGCCGGCCGACAGGGACGUGGCCAUUCUCCAGCCCGAGCUGUCCUUCCUCCGUGGGGCCAGCAGACGAGAUCUGGAGCUCAGCCUCCGCAAGAGACUCAAGCACCGGCGCUGGGGGCUGCCAGGAGGAUCCAGGAGUCGGUGCGGCUGCUUCAACCUGCCUCAGCGCACGCGGAGCUUAGGCCCCAGGGACCCACGGAAAGGGACGCAGAGGGGCCUUUCCUGCUGCCCUGGCACAAGAGCACCGUGCACCUGGAGCGGGGCAUGGGGAAAGCCAGGAGAGUGGUCGCUGCUCCCCACCCGCGGCUCAGCCUGGGACGUGACACUCAGGAGUGGCUGCAGAUCCACAUGGCAAAGAAAUGUGAGGAGACCCGGCUGGGGGCCGUCCCCGCUGCAGUGAGACGCUCUUGGCAAAGGCUGCAUCUCGUG